CUUCCUUUUCUACCCAUGUGUUCUUCCCCAUCCUUGCAGUAGACAGAAGGCUGAUGCCUCUGUGUCAGGCAGGCAUGAAGGCAGUUGCUGUAACUUGCUGUCUCCUCUGCUUUCAGUUUGAAGUCCUGUAUGGAGCUGUCAACUGCUUAUCACGUGCAUGCAAAAAUAUAGCUCAGCCCCAUGUUCCUGAUGCCCAGGUGAUGGUGGAAUUUGAAAAUGGAAACUUCAAUUUCACAUUCCCUAACCCCCAAAAUGCGGAUGAGUUCAGCAUGACCCUCUACAAAGGGCAUGAACAGAAGAAAAUCUGUGCACUCCAUUUGAGCGAAGAGGGAGUAACCCCCAAGAGUAAUGUCACCUACUGUCAGACAAAGUAUUCAAGAAGCAGCACCACUUUCAUUCUUAAAAAUCUGGAAAGAGAACAUAUUGAUGUUUAUACCUACUACCUGGAGAUAUUCUUACCCCCUCCUUACAUAGAAUGCUGUUUGAAAGAAACCUAUUUGUACAUCCCAGACAGGGAGAACUGCUUUUCACUUGGGUUCAUGUCAUGGAUAAUUAUCAGCCUGAUUAUUUUUGCCAUUUUCUGUGUCUCCUGUGUUGUGGCCUGUUACUUAAGGAGUAAGAAUCAGAGGCGUGAAUCCAGCUCCCAUGAGUACAACAGUGAAUACAUGCCCAUGGCAGCAGUCAAUGCAGCUAAAAAAACCAGAAUCUGAGGUUGUGUGAAGGCCAGCUGUACCUCUGCUUGUGUCUGUUGCAAGGCUUACUCUGGGAGGGGAAGAACUGCUUGCUGUGCCUGCCAUUGAUUGUGGGUGGGUGGGUGACUGGUGGGGUUGUUACAAUAGCUUGUUAUGGAGUUCAUGUGCCACGUUGCAGCAAGACAAAACUAAAAGCAAAAUCUCUGGAAACCUCAUGAAUCAUAAUGGUGGGCUAGUUUCUAGAAAUGCCACUGCUUCACGUCUGUGCAAAGUAAUGAUCUUACCCACAAGGAAGAGAUGCAAAACUGUUUUGUUCAGAUUCUUGAGCUGUUGCAUGGUACAAAAAUCUCUGUGGGGAAGUGAUUUACUAGAUUUAUGAAUGUUACUGGCUAUGGGAAAAAUAUUCUUCAGAGAAUGAGGAACUUCCUAACUACUUAAGCCCUAUAGAAGCUACUACACAAGCAGUUUCGGAUACAGAACAGAAACAGAAUUUGAACUUAUUUGGGCAUAUGGAUGCUGCAUACAACUGAUCUCCAUUUCUAUUCUAGGUAAGUUGCUUGUGGCAUGGAAAUUUUGGAAGCAGAGUUUUCCAGCUACUUGAAUUUGGACAAUGGAAAUCAGCAUUUCCCCACCUUUCCCAGCCUCCCUGAGCUCUCAGGGCCCUGUGCUCAGUCAUGGGACACCCACUGUAGUACUGCUCUGAGCUGUGUUUUGCUCUAGCCUGGUUUGUGAACUGGCACAGCCUGAUGCACUGACUCGGACAUGAAAUGAUAACAAUGUGUUAAAGAUGUCAGCUUUUAGCUGAAGAAAAUGUAAGGUUCCUGUAGUGUGGCUACAGAGAGAACUUUUAUUUUCUAGUCUCCUUUAUGAUAAAGUUUCCACUGGGGACAAAAAACAAAAAAACAAACAAAAAAACCCAGACUACCUCCAAAGCCAAUCCUUAUGGUACAGCCAUACUGCCAUGUAUUGCACAUGCCCUUUUAGGGUUAGGGUUAGUUUAGCAGGGGAACAAAACCUGAGAGAGUACAGCAGAGACUUCUCUGUGACACACUGCAGAGUGUUAAGUGCAUCUGCAUUUUUCAUAUUUGUCUAUUAAUACAUCUUUGCCAUUCACACCCUGGGACUCCUCUUAUUUAACUAAAUCCUGAAUGCUUUUACUAACAGGGGAAUAUAUUACAAGAUGGAUAUAUUGUAAGAUUGCAAUUGCUCCUUAGGUUAGUUCAAAUGUACAAAGAUCUGUCCCUCAAAUAGGAGGCACAGUCUCUCCUAUUUGUGUCUUGCAGCACAAACACAACACAGUCCCUCUGGCCAGUAUAUUCAUGGACUCUGCAUUGCAGUUAUCUUCCUCCUGUGCUUUGACAUGAAACCUUUACAACUCCCCCAGAGGGUUCAGGGGUACUUGACCUGCUCAAAUUGCUCAGAGCCUUCAGUAUGAAUGAAAUGAUGAAUCCUUCAUGCUGCAUAUGAAAUCCAUCAAAACUCUGACCACAGAUGACCAGCUGUGAAUCCAGCCUGCAUAUCUUGCCAGACACCUUUGGGCUGCUGGAACCAGAGCAGUAUAUUGAUUCUGAACCUCUCUGUAAUACAUUAGAAAACCCCAAAUAUUGCUCAGAGGACACUACUGGGAGAGACACACAGCCUGCUUGUCAGGCAAACAGAAGGCUGGUUUCACAUUUGAUAGGGCAAAUGGGGAUGAGGAGGAAAUAAGCAGGUACAUCAAGAACAGGGUUUUCCCCAACAAACACCUGGAUACACCGAAGUGUUGCAGAGGGAAGGUGUGCACUGCUAACUGUGACAUUAAGCAAAUGAAAAUGAGUAAAGCAUCAAAUGCGGCAGGGACUGCCAAUUACACAGCCCUGCUCAGCUAACCAGCUCCUAGGCAGAGAUGCAGAGGGGAACCCUGGUGUUUUCAUUACAUUACAUUUUCUCCCACCAUUCUUUGAGAACUUUCUUGACCUCCCCAGCAAACUAAGCUCACUGUACAUCCACAAAUACAUUGAUGUCACUAUUUAAAAAAAAUUGAUGAAAUUAUUGUGUUUGAAAAUUAUUGGGGAAAAUAGCUAACAUCUACAACCUAUGAGAAGAACUGGAUGCAAGAUCCAGUAACAGUGGAGAGUUUUGGAGCCUUUCACCAGACUGAGAAGGAGAUUCAAGAAAUAGAGUUUCUGAAAGAAGGAAAAACUUGAGGGUUGCCUUGGGAUGCUGCUGGAUAAACAACAAAUGAUGAAAGUCUGAACAAAGCAGUUCAAAAUACAUAUAUCCUGCACUGGAGAGCUAAAUGAUUUAUAUUCAUUAUAAAAAGCUUGUGGAAGUCUCUGGUUCCAUUACUUCUUUCUUUUUGGAAAAAGAUAUUUUUAUUCUUAAUAAAACAUUUUUUACUAUGCCAUAUGAGUCCAUAAGAAUGUUCAUGCAUGCAUGCCUGUCAUGUGAAAGAAUUAAGCCCAGUAAAAUCCACAGCACAAUGGGGAGAGAGUGCAGGGCAAUUUAUCCCUGUAUAGCAUUUUAGUGGGAAACAGGAAAAAGACUUAGGAAAAAAAAAAUUAAAAACUGAAAACAAAAAAUUUGGACCUGUUUCUAGGCCAUGAGGUGAUGACAGUGUUUGGAUGUGUUUAUUUCCUAUUAUUUUCAUGAGAAAAUACUUUUUCAUAUUGCUCCAAAUCUUCUUCCUUUCCUUUAAUCCCUUAUGCAGUAUGCUUAUAAUGUUCCAGAUUAUUUUGGGACAUUUUUCAAUUUCUUUCCGCCCUUUUCCAAUAUCUCCAAAUCAAAAAGAAGCUGGAAGAAGAUAAACUAUGACAGAACGGGGAAAAAAAAAGAAAAAAACUAUGUAAAAAUAACAUAAACUGAGUCUAUAGACAAUGUGACAAGAAAGGAGUAAAAUAAAAGAAAAUAAAGAAAAACAGUCAGUAAAACUAAACAAAAAGCCUGAUAUUCUAACAGGUCAUCAUUUCAAAAAGUAAAAUCUCUCAUUGGACACUCCCAGUUUUGGGAAAAGACUAUUUCUGGAGGAAGAAUAAAUGAUAAACAUAAUUUAAACACCUGCAUAUCUUGAGAUGGUUUGAAAGGCUAACCUUGAUAUGUAUUUUGCAGAUUUAUC